AUGAUCAGAUCGCUAUGCGAUGCGGCCUCCCGCGCGGUGGGCGUGGAGCAGGCCGAGGCCAAGGGCUGGACCAGCAGCUUGAACGAGCCCGGCCCGUUCAAGCUGAGGCGGAUCGUCAGAGUCCACAGGAACUCGGUGCAAGGUGUGGCCGUCUCUGGGGGCACCUUCGCCACGGCGUCUUCGGACGGCACCGUCAAGAUGUACAACCUGCAGCAGGACAAGGUCGUAAAGACUUUCGGCGAGGCCGAGUGCCGAUGGGCGAACAAGACGAGUGCCCCCUCGGCCAGCACCCUCAUCCAUUCGCCUCGGGCGAGCCCAAGGCCUUCCUCGGUGCUCGGGUCGGGUGUCCUGGCGCCCGGGAAACCGCUCGCGGGGCUGGUGCUGGAGAAGCCGCAGGAGCCGAUGCCGAAGAUGAGCUCGCUUCGCUCAGUGGCCAUCUGCGAGAUUCCCGGCAUGGACCUCCUCGCGUGUGGGUGCCUGCAGGGCUCCGUGCACGUGUGGAACCACCAGCGGAAGGAGAGGGUCCUGCAGCUCAGAGGCCACACCAAGGGCGUGAACACCCUCGCUUUCCACCUGUCCCAGCGGCUGCUCUGUAGCGGCUCGGACGACCAAACGGCCAGGAUCUGGGACAUGGCCAACCUCGAUGGCACCCCGCUCAGACUGCUGAAGGGCCACGACAAAGGGGUGCAAGGCGUAUCUUUCCUCGGGAUUUCUAUGGAGUAUCCAGCUCCACUGGCUCCCUCGACGCCGUCGCGCGGAUCUACGACCUGCGCGACGAGAGCCUGGUGA